AUGAGUGCUUCGCCAGGUACUGCAGCAGCAGCAGCAGCAGCAGCAGCAGGGAGACGUCGCAACAUGAGUAUUGCACAAGGGGAAGAGAAGGAUGAAGAGCAGCAGGAGCAGCAGCAGCAGCAGCAGUGGUGGCAAGAGCAGCAGCAACAGCAGCAAGGGCACCAACAGGAGCACCAACAAGAACAGCAGCAAGACAACAGCAACACUAGCAGCAGCAGCAGCAGCAGCAGCACUAGCAGCAGCAGCAGCACUAGCAGCAGCAGCAGCACUAGCAGCAGCAGCAGGAGCAGGAGGAGGGCUUACAUGUGGGGUAUGACCAUUUGCAUAUCCAUAUAG